CAGUGAGACACAUGUCCAUUUCUGUUUAGUGCAUCCAGUUGAGUCAAAGUAAGUGUUCUGUUAAAGCAAAUGAAGGACGGUGGAUAUAUAUUCGGGUAAAUAGCAUGAAACUGUACCAGGCACUCCGUCAUGUCGACAAGUUCAGAACCGUUUUCGACUUUGGCGGACGGGAAGUGGCUCACUGGUUCCCCGGACACAUGGCUAAAGGACUAAAACAGAUGAGAGCCAACCUGAAGAGUGUGGACUGCAUCAUAGAAAUACACGAUGCCAGAAUCCCAUUCUCUGGAAGAAACCCGGUGUUUCAGGACACACUGAGUGCCAAACCACAUUUGCUAAUUCUCAACAAGAUGGACCUCGCUGAUCUGUCCAACAAGCAGAGAAUCCUGAAGAAGCUAGAAAAAGAAGGGAUGACACAUGUUCUCUUCACAGACUGCUUAAAGCAGAGAGACCACAACAUCAAAAAGCUGGUGCCAAAGGUGAUGGAUAUUAUUGCAAGUAAACCACGCUUUAACCGAGAGGAGAAUACAAAUUACUGCCUGAUGGUGAUUGGAGUGCCCAAUGUUGGGAAGUCGUCUCUUAUUAACUCGUUGAGAAGAACAAACCUAAAAAAGGGUCGUGCAUCUCGAGUAGGUGGGGAACCAGGAAUAACCAAAGCGGUCCUCACUAAAAUUCAGGUGUGUGAGCGGCCCAUAAUGUACCUGUUAGACACACCUGGAGUCUUGCCUCCUAAAAUUGAGAGUGUUGAAACAGGCAUGAAGCUGGCCUUAUGUGGAACUAUACUGGACCAUUUAGUGGGUGAAGACAUCAUCGCUGACUACUUACUCUAUUCUCUGAACAGGCUAGGAAAGUUCAGUUAUGUGGAGAAAUAUGAUCUCCAAGAGCCUAGUGACGACAUCCAGCAUGUCCUCAAACGCAUUGCUGUAAAACUUGGAAAAACUCAGCGGGUCAAAGCGAUUACUGGAGUGGGAAAUGUUACCAUCACAAUACCAAACUACACAGCAGCAGCAUAUGAUUUCAUAAGAGCCUUCAGGAAAGGAGAGCUGGGUCAAGUAAUGCUCGACUGACCCGAGUCAUUUUACCGAUGAUAACUAAAAACUGUUUCUGGAUCUCUUCAAGACCAUGUAGUCUGUGUCUGCACUGACAUGGUGCAGUUUUGGGGGCUUGUGGAUGAUGUAAAAAGUCACCAGACUCCUGUAUGAUUUGUAAAUAAA